AUAAGCUGUAAUGUUUUGUUGCCAUUAUAUGUUAUAUUUGCCCUCUCUACUAUAAAGCAUAAAGGGUCAUUGCUUCAAGGGUUUAAGUAAUGCAAGUGAACUAUCUUUGUAGUGGGUCAUCAUGGUUGGUCUGUGGAUGCACACCUACAAUCUCAAGCAAACAUUUAACAAACACUUCACAGUUGCCAGAUCAAACUGACUGACUAACGAAAACUCCAGACAAAUCAAGGCCAUGUCUCUCCUCACUCAUGUCUUAUCCUGCCUGUUUGGAAUGGGCUCCUGGGUGACCAUUUGUGGGCUGUGGGUUGAACUGCCCCUCAUCGUCCCUCAGGUGCCUGAGGGCUGGUACCUUCCCUCCUAUCUAUCCAUCCUGACCCAGAUUGCUAAUGUUGGUCCUCUGUUUGUCACUCUGAUGCAUCAAUUCCAACCAGGAAAGCUCAAAGAAACCACUGUGAUCUACGUCAUUGUCAGUUUCGGGACCCUCACAAGCUUCCUCUUAGCUUUCUUCUGGAAGGAGACCGUUAUUAUACAAGGAGUCGAGCGCAGCAUUUAUCUCCUGAUCCUGACCUUUUUCAUAUCUACUGUGGACUGCACCUCUUCAGUGACUUUCUUACCAUUCAUGAUGACGCUCAAGUCAGUGUAUCUCACCACCUAUUAUAUAGGUGAAGGUUUGAGUGGACUGGUCCCAGCUGUAGUGGCCCUGAUUCAAGGAGUAGGUGUCAUGCAAUGUGUCAAUGGCACCCAAAACUUAAAUCUCAAUAAAACAAUCAAUGGGUCUUUGGACUCGACUUAUUACCUAAUACCGCACUACUUACCAGCCAAUUUCUCAGCUAAGGCUUUCUUUUUCUUCCUGGCAGCCAUGAUGUUUGUCUGCUUGGUAGCUUUCUUUCUUUUGAACAACCUUCCAGUAGUGGCUCGAGAACACUCAGUGAAUCUCAAAUACCAAGGUGCUGUUAGAAAGACAGACUUUACAAAGAAAAACAAAACACCAGAACAGAAGCCCAUGAUGAAUUCUCUAAAUCGCAUCCAGAAGUUCAGGGGGAUGUUUGGAAAGGGAACUUACAGUUGGGCACAAAUUUUCUACAUCUUCUUCAUCCUGGCCUGGGUGAAUGCUCUGACCAAUUCAGUGUUACUAUCAGUUCAGUCUUACUCAUGCCUACCUUAUGGAAACCGCGCUUAUCAUUGGUCUGCUACAAUGGCCUCCUUAGCAAACCCAGUGGCCUGCUUCAUUGCCAUGUUUUAUGCUCAAAGGUCUUUGGUGGUGAUGGGGAUUCUGACUGGUUUUGGCUCCGUUCUUGCUGUUUAUAUCAUGGCCAUGGCAGUGCUAAGUCCCUGUCCACUGCUGGUAAACCACAUUUCUGGAGCCGUUCUUAUAGUGGCAGCGUGGACAUUUUUUGUUUUCACACUGUCCUAUGUAAAGGUGAUGAUUGCAUUGAUCUUGCGUGAUGAAGGUCACAGCGCUCUCGUGUGGUGUGGCGCAGUAGUGCAGUUGGGUUCACUACUUGGAGCUGUGAUCAUGUUCCCUUUAGUUAAUGUGUAUGACCUUUUCUCUUCAGGAGACCCAUGUAGCACCAGGUGCUAACGUCAGUAUCUAGUAUAAUAUGUAUAUCACUAUCACCAAUAACUAUUUUAUAUAUAAAUGGAUAUAAAUGCAAUACAACGACAAGGAAUUAAAAAGGAAUGAAGUGCUUUCGUAUUAAUGAGUCUGCCUUUUGCUAUUAAAUAAUUCAAUGUGACCACUUGGUGGCGCUGUCUCCUGUAUUUUUAAUUUCUUUUAGCCUUAUAGUUUAGAUUUUUUUUUUGGCAUUUCAAGACAUAUUUUUUUAGGACAAAAUGUAUGCAAAAACGAGAUCGUUGAAAUAAAUCCAAGAGGAAAUUGGAAAUUAUUUGCCUUAUGCCUAAUAUUUAUUUGCCUAAUAUUUAAUUU